UCUUUGUUUACUUCCAGGUUUAGUAAUAGUGAAGGGAGAACGCCAGGCCAGAAAGGGGAGCUUGAGAGUAUCUCCCAGAGUGAGACCCAGCGCCCCUCUCCUGCUCCCCACAGGCCUUCGUCCCCGCCAUGGCUGAGCUAAUUCAGAAGAAGCUACAGGGAGAAGUGGAGAAAUAUCAACAGCUACAGAAGGAUUUGAGUAAAUCCAUGUCAGGGCGGCAAAAGCUUGAGGCGCAACUAACAGAAAAUAAUAUUGUGAAGGAGGAACUGGCCCUUCUAGAUGGGUCCAACGUGGUCUUUAAACUUCUGGGUCCUGUGCUGGUCAAACAGGAGCUGGGAGAGGCUCGGGCCACAGUGGGGAAGAGGCUGGACUACAUCACAGCUGAAAUUAAGCGAUACGAAUCCCAGCUCCGCGACCUCGAACGGCAGUCAGAGCAACAGAGGGAGACCCUGGCUCAGCUGCAGCAGGAGUUCCAGCGGGCCCAGGCAGCCAAGGCAGGGGCUUCUGGGAAGGCCUGACCCCGCGGUGGGGGGAGGGGGAGGGGAGGGACUGAGGCAGCUCUAGGGUCUAUACUGUAGCUAAUAAAAUGUGAAAAUGCCUGGCUGUUUUCUGACCA